CUCUUUCUUAGAGAGGUAGGGUUAGGGUUCCCGCCUCUCUGUGUCGGAGACUCGACUCUCCUACGGCGAUGGCGAACCGUACGGACCCAGCGGCGAAGAGCAUACGAGGCACGAAUCCGCAAAACUUGGUGGAGAAGAUUCUGAGGUCGAAGAUUUACCAGAACACGUACUGGAAGGAGCAGUGCUUUGGAUUGACCGCGGAGACUCUGGUUGACAAGGCCAUGGAGCUCGACCACCUUGGCGGCACCUUUGGUGGUAACCGCAAGCCCACGCCCUUCAUGUGCCUCGUCAUGAAAAUGCUCCAGAUCCAGCCCGAGAAGGACAUCGUUGUCGAGUUCAUAAAAAACGAAGAGUACAAAUAUGUCCGUAUACUUGGUGCAUUUUAUUUGCGUCUUACAGGGAUAGAUACUGAUGUGUACCAAUACCUAGAGCCUCUAUACAAUGACUAUCGGAAAUUGAGGAGAAGAUUAUCUGAUGGAAAUUAUUCUUUGACACACGUUGAUGAGGUUAUCGAUGAACUUCUGACAAAAGAUUAUUCCUGUGACGUUGCCUUGCCCCGUAUCAAGAAAAGAUGGACUCUUGAAUCCCUUGGUACACUGGAACCAAGAAGAAGUGCUUUGGAAGAUGAUUUUGAGGAAGAGGAAGAAAAAGAAGAGGAUGACCAACUCAUGGAUGAAUUAGAUGCUGGGGCUCAUGAAAAGGAUUAUUAUCGUGGGCGAAGCCCUGCAAGGGAGAGAGAUAGGGAUAGAAAGCGUGACAGUCACAGAUAUAGAGAUCGAGAUUAUGAUAGGGAACGUGGAAGAGGACGAGAAAGAGAUCGGGAAAGGGAAAGGGACAGAGACAGCUAUAGAGACAGGGAGAGGGAGAGGGACAGAGACAGGGACCGCUAUCGUCUGAGAGAUGAUAAAGAAUAUGGUCGUGACAGGGAGAGGGAAAGGGAGAGGGAAGGCAGGGAGAGGGAGAGGCGAGACAGGGACCGUGGCAGGCGGAGGAGCCAUUCAAGGAGCCGAAGUAGGAGCAAGGAUCGUAAGGAUCGCGAGGGUGGAGACCACCGGAAGAGGCAUGCUCGCAGCAGCACCAGUCCUAGAAGGCGUGGAGACAUGCCAGAGGAUGGAACCACUCGAGAAGAGCCAAGGAAGAAGAAAGAAAAGAAGGAGAAGAAGGAUGAUGGCACUGACCACCCAGAUCCAGAGAUUGCAGAAGCAAACAGGUUGCGGGCAUCCCUUGGGCUUAAACCCUUGAAACUCUAAGCUCAGAUGGCAGACAUGUCAGCUAAGCUAGUUCUUUCUAUCAAAUAUGGGCGGGUAGAGUACCAUGUGAACCAAAAAAGGAUAAUGUAGCAUGCAACUGCUGCUGCUACAUAUUUUUCAUGUACUGUCUUGCUUGUUUGGUCUGGUGUUACAAACUCGACUUAAGUUCCAGAUCAAUCAGAAAAGAAAGUGGGUUUUCACCAUAUUUUCUGUGAAUUUGAUGUACUAUUAUUCUUAUAAA